AUGGACCUUGGUAAACUUAACUCAGAAGGCGUGCUACCAAUUUCUACAUCUUGUCACAACUUUGAUCCCGCUAAAGAUUCUCACAUCCCCCAAAACAUGGAAAAGACUUAUGAUUCAGCUCCAGGUGGUGUCGAACACAAUGAUCCCGACCAAGAAAACAAUGUCAAUGAUGAAAACAACGUCAACAAAGAAACAAAAGUCAAUGAAGAGAACAAUGUGAACUCAGUAAAUAACACCGAUCAAGAAAAUUAUCCGGGGGAAGUGAUCCUGGCUGACAAAAGGUUAACGUGGUAUCAGUUUGGUGAAAGUGAAAUGCAAGAAAGCACAUCUGGUACAUGGGAAUCACCUUUCAUCGAGGACCAUGUCCACCAUCAAAUUAAAUCUCCUGAAAGCCAUGACAAUCAGAUCAAACGAAUCAAUAAGCGUCAAUUGCUCCCAAACCAACAAGCGGCAGGAUCUAACAAGCGCCGACACCACUGA